GAGAUAAUGUGGAAAACAUUGUAAAAUGUCACGUAUUUUGUUAGUAAAAUAAGGCUCUCUUGGAAAGCUGCGCCUUAUUUACACACUGAAAUGACUGGCGUGGCCCGUGAGGAGUGUUUCCCCGGCGAGGAUCUGGCCUCCCCCGCAGUGUUCAGUCCCAGAUCCGCGGAUGGAGUCGCGAUGGCUCCUUUCCCCGACGAGGUGGAUGUUUUUACCGGGCCACACUGGCGCAUGAAGCAGCUGGUGGAGCUCUACAGCGAGAAGCUUUCCAAGACGAACUUCUCCAACAACAGGGAUUUCCGCUCGUUCCUGCAGUCGCUGCUCGCCACCUUUAAGGAGUUCAAGAUGCACGAGCAGAUCGAGAACAAGUGCAUCAUCGAGCUCCUGCAGGAACGCAGUCAGAUGGUCUAUCAUGUCCACGCCGACAACAAGCUGUCCGAGAUGCUGUCGCUGUUUGAGAAGGGGCUGUGCAGCGUCAAGAGCGAGUACGAACAGCUGAAUUACGCGCAGCAGCUGAAGGAGAGGCUGGAGGCGUUCACUCAGGACUUCCUUCCUCAUAUGAAAGAGGAAGAGGAGGUGUAUCAGCCCAUGCUGAUGGAGUACUUCACGUACGAGGAGCUGAAGGCCAUCAAGCGUCAGGUGAUGCUGCAACACUCCAAUAACCCGUCCUGGAGCGCCGCCGCCGCCGACGUGCUGAAGGGCCUGAACCUCUGGAGCCAAGCUGAGGAGCUGCACAAGGCCUUCAAAUACUCCGACCACGAGAAGACCGAAGACGAGCGGGGCAGCGAGCGCGGGUCCAUCUCGGCGCUGCCGCAGGAGCUGCUCCUCAAGGUGUUCCGCUUCCUGGCUCCGCUGGAUCUGUGUCGCUGUGCGCAGGUGUGCAACCUCUGGGCUCAGGUGUCCAGGACCGGCUCGCUGUGGAGACACCUGUACCCCGUACGCUGGGCCAGAGGAGACUAUUACUGUGGUCCUCCGGGCGAGUUGGACCAGGAGCCGGAUGAUGAUUGGGUGAAGAGUCUCCAGGACGAGGGACGAGCCUAUCAGGAGUGGGACGAGGACGCAGACGUCGACGAAUCAGAGGAGGCGUGUGAGGGCUCUCCAGCCAUUAAUGCGGUUCAGAGAGAGAAGACUCUUCUCGACGGGAUGAUCCAGAAGCUUCUGCCUGUCGUCGGCUCAUCCGUUCGCUCGCUCGUCCUGGCCUACAGCUCCACCGUCUCCAGCAAGAUGGUGCGACAGAUCCUCAGUUUGUGCCCAGGCCUCACGCACCUGGACCUCACGCAGACUGACGUCUCCGACUCCGCCUUCCACAGCUGGGCGGAGUUCGGGGUGUGUCAUACUCUGGAACACCUGGAUCUGUCGGGUUGCGACAAAAUCACGGACCGCACUCUGAAGAUUCUCUCAUUGGGAUUGGGCGACUUAACGGCGUCCAAUCCGGAUCGCAGAGCCAAACUGCUGAAAGCCCCGCCCUCUCCCAUCAAACUACAAGACGAGCACUCCCUUCAGCCAAUAGGACGCAGCUGCCAGGAUCUUAUAUUCAAGCGGAGACCUGGUGGGCGUGGCUCAGGCUGUGGCCCCGCCCACGUGUGGGUUCUUGAUUCGGCGAAACUAGCCGACAUCGAGGACGCCGCCGACUGGAGCAAACCGGGUGGCGUGUUUACAGAGGAAAGUGGGCGUGGUCACAUUUUUGAGUCGCAGGGAGGCGUUGGCUCAUGCUGUUGUAAGAGGAGCCGGAGGCGGAGCUUCAGGACUGGUAUAAGCUCCUCCCACUGGCAGUUUGGCUCGAUGGGUGACGCCCACUGUGGUCACUCCACCUGUUGCACAUCAGAUGUGUCGCUCUGGACUGUGAGAGAAACGCACUGUGACCUCCAGGCCAGAGGGGGCAGUGUUGAUUUUCGGACUAAAUGCUCGUUUGAGGGCGAAUCUUGCCCUGAUCGUCACAACAGGACUGACCAAUCAGGAGCCUUUCGAACACUCCGGUUCCUCAGCCUGUCGGGAUGCUAUCAGAUCACGGAUCUCGGCCUGAGGUGUCUGUCUCGGCGUGGAGGGCUCCCUCUGCUGGAGCAUCUGAAUCUGUCGGGCUGCCUGCUCAUCACGGGGGCGGGGCUUCAUGAGCUGGUGUCGGCUUGCCCCGCCCUCAACACACAGCACUUCUACUACUGCGACAACAUUAACGGUCCUCACGCAGACACGGCCAGCGGAUGCCAGAACCUGCAGUGCGGCUUCAGGGCUUGCUGUCGAUCCGGAGAGUGAUGCUCUUCAUCCUCCUAUGUCUCAUCCCUCAUCAUCCACUGCACUUUAAGCCGGAAAUUGCUUCAAGAUGCUCUUCGACGCAGUUCGGUCUCACUAAAAUCAAAUAAAGUCAAAUUCAUCUUUGUAAACCAAUCCCCUGAAAGGUUUUGUGAAGGAUCUAAAUGAUGUAUAUUUGUAUAUAAUUCAUAAUUGUCUGUUCAGACGCUCUUUAAUUGGAAACUUUAAGAUGUUACUUCAACAUCGUGUGGGUUGUUUUUUUGUUUUGAGUAUUUCACCCUGGCACAUCUCGAGUGUGUGCACUCCAAACAUGCUUUUCUUAGUGUUUCUGUCUCGUUUCCAAUCUAAAUAUAAAAAAAUUAUUUGAAAUUAUCUGGAAAUGGGGUGAGAAAAAUAAUGUUUCUGAUUGAAUUAAGAUUAUUUUUCUCACCCCAUUAGCAGAUAAUUUAGCUGUUUUUAAGCAUCAACUCAUUACAUUUCUAUUUAUUUCCCCAGAAAACAGGAAAUAAUAUCAUAUAUAAUUUUACUAAUCUAGUAAAUGCAUCUUGAUUUAAGAAUCUCUACGUAUUUGGACUGUAAAAAAGACAAAACUACUAAGAAAAGCAUUUUCUGCAGUGUAACUCCAUCUCAAGAAUCAUUACUGUGAGUAUGAUGUGUGUUAAUCACCUGCGCAAAAUAGGAAAAAUGCGAUUCGCGAGCUUUUUGAGUUGUGGUUCGUCAAAUAAAUCCGCAGGUGUUUUGGAAAGCAACAAAGCUGUACUGGUGUUAAUCUAUUUGACCAGAUAUAUUUCUCUAUCUUCACUGAACGAGACUUCACCCGUGAUUUAAAUAUCUGGCAACCGUGUCGAAGCGUUUUCCAAUAUUUCACACUUGGGUUGGUUUAAAGGGCUUGUGAACUGUAAUAAGACCUGGGUAUAUUACACUUGUUCAUUUACACUUGUUCGUUUUAGAUGCUGCAUGAUGCGUUUCUUUUGCGUAGCUGACCAUUAAAAGCACCUUGACA